AUGUGCGUGACUGAGAAAUGGGUUUACCGUGAAUGUGGUUGUCACUACAACCACAACAUCCUAUGCAGUACGUAUCGGCGGAAUCGAGGACCCAAUUUCUCCCCGAAUAUCCAACAGUCCGUGGAUCAAUGGCUCGAAGAGACGGGGACCGAUACCGACACGGCCGCGAAGCAGCUGAGAAGACGCGCGCGCCCUGCCGAUCCGCAGGAAUGUCCUCAGCAUACCACGGUUGAGAAGUCGUUCCUGAAUCAGAUAUGCGAGGACUGUCUUCUGGCAGAGCUCGAUCCAAAACCGCCUGACUUGCAGGAUCCUACUGCACCCGCCAGCCCGGUACCUACUCCCGACAACGGCGAAGGUCUUAUCUGGGACAGCGAAGUCAAAGUCGAAAUUCAGAGUGAAGACAACGGACCAAUUCCCAGGCCGACGACCCCAGAUGUCGGCUUGUCGGACGUUGACUCCCACUCAGACGACCAAAGGAUACUCGAGAGUCACAUCGAGGUCAAGAUCGAAGUCGACUGCUACAGUAACCCUGUGGAAGUUCCUUCGUCUCCGUUGUCCCUGACUGCCGACGAUGAGGCCAGCUCGCAGUCUUGUUCCAUACCGACAUCUCCCACCAGCCCAGCUGCGGCAGACAAUUAUAGUCCUGUGUCUUCACUGUUUCACAAUAAGCGUUACGGUCUGACUUUCCACAGCCCCGUGGUUGCGGACCUCAACGAUGCCGACGAUGAGUUUGACUCCUCACCGGAGCGAUACUAUCAUUUCCCGGCACCGCCAUCUCGAGGAAGGUCCUUCUCGCCCCGAAAUCUGAACAGGAUCGAGCACUAUGCACCUAGUGCGGAGUCAUCUCCUCUGCCAGUCGAGGGCAGUUCCAAUGGCAGCGCGCUCUUAAGAGUUCCAACCUUUAGGUCUUCCUCAAACAAUAUCACUCCCAUGUCCAAGACAGCCGACAAGAGUCAACUAUUCGCCAAUCAUUCAUCCACAAGCCUGCCUCUCUCCUCGGUGUCGACGAAAUUGAGGUCGAGAAAUCCAUUUCGGGGCUUUGGAACUCGAAAGGCCUCCCCUCUCAUUACAGACACGAUCGAGUGCAGACCAGUUCUACUGGCUCACGGAUGUGUUGACACCAGUGAUGUGCCGAUCUCACGCCAGAGGUCCGGCCGGACGUCGCCUUUGCCGCCUCGCAAAUCGAGCCUGAAGAACUGGACAUUCUUCAAGCUUCAUCACGAUAAGCAAGGUGCCCACCCUCGGUCUCAGAGUCGGCUAAGAAGCCUCGCUCCUAGCCCGACAGGUUCUUGGUCACGCAAUCAGCUUGAGCAUGACGAGAAGAUGUACUCACAGUUGAGUGAUUCGGGUUCCGAAUUCGGUUCCGAAAUUGGGAUGCAAGAAGACCACAGACAGGUCAACGUCCUCGAGGAGCCGACUCCCCUGCCAGUGGCAACCGUUUCCAAGCCACCCGCUAGGCAGACAGGGCUUGCCAUAAUAGACAGCGGUAUGACCUUGGACGCGGGUCUUGAGGAGGGAGCGAGAAUACAAAUGCAAUCCCACCUCGAGCUUGCAUACGGGAUUGUAUACGACAGUGACAUAUUCCAGCAUGAUUCUCUUCCGGCCUGGCCAGUGUAUCCGCAAUUACGGCGAACAGAGCUAGAGCGACCAGAUUCGUGGCCUCUUCGAUCAGAGAUCAAGCAGGAAGACCAGGCCCGACCUCAACCUUCUGUCCAUCCUAUGAGGCCUCGUGCCGUGGUGGAAGAGUAUACGGAAGAACUCUCACCUAUGGACGCUUCCAUGGCAGAAGAGAGCGUACAGCCUGACAGAGCGUUGAUGCCCUUACUCCGGCCUGAGCAGGUGCGAGCAGAAAGAGAGGCCAAGAGACCGACCUUCCCUCCACGCAAGAGCUCGCUUAGAACGCGAUUUGAGUUGCGUAGAUCCAAGCGACUCUCAGAAUUCGAGGUGCCGGUGCCGGCUCUCACUACAGCUUCCUGA